AUGUCGAGUCUCUUCAACAAGUACGUGCGCGUGCCCACCAGCUCGACACUUCCGACCUCAACAUCAGAUACGCGCGGCUCCUCAUCAGGUUUUGGCCGCGCACGCACACGAUGGGCUCUGAUCGGCGCGGCGCUCUUCGCGCUCCUCCUCUUCUUCGGUCUCGCCUCGUCCGAUUCGGCCGCCUCAGCGACGAUCAAGGCGAAAGCCGGCCAAUAUGCAGGUCGACUCCCGUGGUCCUCCCCGUCCAAACCUACCGGCUUCUCCAGCGUCACCGAUGUCGACGGCUCCGAGUUUUCUCGCUGGAUCAACGGCUCCGGUCGCACCGAUUUGCGGUACGAUUCGCCGUUCAACCCCGAAGACCUCACGCUCACCGAAGACGAAUGCGAUGCCUUCUUCCCCGGUCUCUGGAAGGAAAUCGAUCGCAGCGUCGAAUACUACACCGAGCAUCCGAUGACGGCCGAGUAUCUGGACAAGGUGUGUGACGAUGGCAUCUGGUCGCAUGCGCGCGUGGUGAUCCACAACAAUCGUGUUCACCUGAAAUACUUUCAGCAGUCGGCUUUCACGAGAGUCAACUCGGCGUUGGCGUUGCUGGAUCAGGCGGUGAUGGCCGCGAGGGAGAAGUUGCCCGAUGCCGAAUUUUGUCUCAGUGCCAACGAUUGGGGGUCCAUGGGCAAGUUUUCGCUCGAUCGAGCACCCUAUCUCGUCGAUCUGUGGUUGAUGCCUGACUACGGCUUCUACAGCUGGCCGGAACCUGGGAUCGGCUCCUACACAAACCAUCGAGAAAAGACGCUUGCGAUCGAUCAGAAGGUCCCCUGGAGCAAAAAGAUCGGUAAACUCUUCUGGCGCGGGGCGAUGGGCGUUGGCACUGCCGAUAGAAAAGCCUUGCUCGCAGCUAGCAAAGGUCAACCUUGGUCCGACGUGGAACCUCUCGAUUGGGCCAAUCGCAAAGGCUUUGUGACAAUGGAAGACCACUGCAAGUGGAAAUACCACGCCUUCCCCGAAGGCAUGACCUACUCCGGUCGUCUCCGUUACCUUCAAAACUGUCGCUCGGUCAUUGUGACCCAUGAACCAAGAUGGAUUCAACACUGGACGCAUCUCUACAACGCCGAUCCCACUUCGCCGGAUCAGAACAUCGUUUUUGUACCGGAGUACACGGGCGAAGAUCCAGGCGUCGAGGUCGAGGAUGAACGAGGCAACGUGUAUAGGGAUCGAACGUGGAUGCGAUUGCCCGAGGUCAUGGACGCGUUGUUGGCCGAUGAUGACAAGGCGAAACGCAUCGCGGAUAACCAGUGGAGUUACUUUAGAGAGAGAUACGUCAGUCCCGCUAGUGCGGCGUGUUACUGGAGGAAGGCCAUCAAGGCUUAUGCGGGUGUCCAGCAGUUUAAGGUCAAUUAUACCGGCACAGAGACGAGCUACGAGAGCUUUAUUUUGCUGGGGAACAAGUUGCAGGGUAUCCCGCAAUAG